AUCCUUGCCAUAUCGGUGGUAGUUUAAAAAAACAAACAACAGGUGGCGUUCAAAAAGUUACAAAUGCAAUUUGACAGUUGGGUCGACGGUCGACGGUAGUCGCACAGUGUAGUUGGGUCGCAAAACCACGAACCUGCGGGGAGGCUUGUGCCCGUUGAGUAUUGCGGGCAAUGUCCCCGGUCUACUGUAAAUCUGUAACAUUGCCGGUUGUUCGUUCGCCCGUAACUCCGUAAUCCGUAAUCAGUUGGUUGAUUGUAGCUCGGAUGUCUUUGUUGUUAGUUUAAUGGUAGCGAUCUGCUCACAAACACACGCUUUUUAAAGUCGCGUCGGUGUAAGAUCAGUGCCAGGUUAUUUUGGGAGUGGUGCAUGCUGUGCAUCUUCUUUGCCGGUUUCUAAAUUGGAUAUAAAGAUACGCGUCGUUCCAGGACUAUUCUCUACAGCUAUGGAAGGUGGUGGUGGUGUUCUGACGGCAGAACGAAGUCCUGCACGUGCUAAUCUCCAUGUUGCCUUUACUGAAAAAGGAGAGGUCAAAGAACGUAGAGAAAAAUUUUUAACAGCCAAGUAUGGAUCGCAUCAAAUGUCCCUUAUACGCAAGAGACUUGCUGUUGAAAUGUGGCUAUUCGAUGAGUUGCAGAAGCUUUACGAAAGUGUGAACGAAAAUGGAAAAACUCGAGAAGUUGAGGUGGACAUCGAUGAACUGCUUGAUAUGGACACUGAUGAUCAUAGACGAAGUUAUUUGCAGGACUUGUUGGUGGAUGCCAAGAAAUCACCCCAUGACGUGAAGAAAUUUAUCAAUGAUUUGCUCGAGAAAGCGAAAACACUCUGAACAGUGAUCAUCCCCAUUGGCAGGUGUGCUGCUCUAAUGAGUCAUAAAUUUACUCACUUCCCAAAUACGGCGUAGAGAUGUACAAAUCUAAGUGAGUUGCGACUGUAAGAAAGAGGCCACCAUAACACUUACAUCAAACAGCCAUUGCUCACUGAAAAAAAGAAACUAUGAAUACUGGAGAUACGUAUAACCAUGUUACUCGACAUAGUUUUUUGCAGGCAUUUGUUGUUUUGUAUUGAAAACACCACAAAAUCGUUCAAAAGCAUUUAUAUCCGUAUGUGAUGAUAACCAAAUUUCAUGUGGCAAAUUGUGUCCAAACUAUCUGCAACUUCAAAUUGCUAGACAAAAUGCCUAGGUUUCAACAGUGUAGAUUAUUGUUGGUAAAUCUUAUCCAUCUUCUUUCAAUUCUAGUUUUAUUUUCAUUCCGGUUUUCUAGUUUUUUCCCCCACAAUUUUCUAUCAACAAUGACAAUCUCCCAUUUAUAUUUAUCCCUCUGAUUUCAAGCAAGAGAAGAAGGUACGUACAUUCAGCCCCUGUAGCUUCGGUAGAUCUGAAUGCUCACGAGACUAUCGCGUUUGAUACAAACUUCUCAAUGAAGUUAAAUAUUAUAGGAAUGUGGUAAAGUAUACAAAUUAAGAGCCAAGAAUCCAUUUCAGUCAGCUUUUACGCUAUAAAUUGUUUUAUAAGUUAUAUAACUACUUGGUAGGUAUAGGUAAAAUGUCUGGUAGCAACGUGUUCAUAAUAUCUUGAAAUUGUAGCAGUAUACUUGCAGCAGGAAGAUGAAAACUAUUAAUUUUUCAUCAAUUGAAUAUCAUCAGUAGGAACCCAACAAAUCUAACUAAUGCGAAUCGAGUGCCAAAAUAAAGGUUGAGUUAUUUUGACCUGUUCAAUUAUUUUGACCUGUUGAAUUACUUUGCCAAAAAAAAUUCUACCGAAAGUUAUGAAUCUCUUUCAUAUUUCUACUAUAACAGCUACACGGUGAAGACUCAGUUCCAGGACAUAAUUUCAGAAAAUUUAGACAAUAUUUUGAGCAUGUUAGUUGAAAUAUUUAACACUACUGGCAGCUUCCAAAUUAGGCAAGUGGAAUUCCCAAACCGUACAUGUGCUAUCAAUUUUGCUUCUUAGUUCGGUUAGAACUGAAGAGACAAAGUUGGGACAGUUAGCUAGGAAAAUUAUUGAUAUAGCAGUGCGCAUACUUGAGCGAUAAGUAAAUAAGAAUGUAAUGUAGUUUUAAUUAAAAAACAAGAAAUUAUUGGAAUACCGAAUAACAGAAUUUAUAGCACAUCAGUUAUGCUAUAGUUAACUCCAUGAUUAGGUACACAGAAUAUUAAUGAGCAUCGAUUUUCAUACACGAGGGCUGUUACCUUGAAUUGAAUGUGCACAAAUUUGUUUUUACCCAGCUCCAAUACAUUGUUCUAUUUCCCGGUGUUCAAAUUAAUAGCGGCACCUCAUUUCUUAUUUUUCGUUCUUAUCAGUUUUCCAUAAAGAUAGCUUACUUCGAUUAAAAGUUCAUUACUAAUAUUGAAACGAUACACUUGCUUUCUUAAUAUUAGAUAACGUAAGAUAAUUGAAAUGCUUGAAACUGCUCGACUUCUGCGUGUUAAUCCAUUAUAUUUUUUAGAGGUCAUUAAUUGAAAAUUUUUUAGUGAAUAGAAUUCCCAUUGGCUUUGAAUGCAAGUAGUAUUCAUAGAGGUGUUCCAUCAUCCAUAUCCUAAUGAUUUCGUUGCUGUAAAGUAUUAUAAUUGCUCUUCACGAGCACCUUUUCAUUCACAUAUACAAUUACGGCUUUCUGUUUUGACUUUCAUUUCUCUUUAUAAUUUUGCAUUUCAAUUUAUCCCUUUAAGGGCUCACCAAAUUUGGUCUCGAGCGAAACUUCAGAUCUUGAAGAACUUUAAAGCUAACAUUCUUCCUUUUUAUAAUAUUAGUACUAACAAUAAUGAUUAGCGACCAUUUCAUUAUUUGUCUUUUCAUAUCUAUGAGCGUUUCUUCAAUUUAUUGGUGCCUGAUUGCCCUACCGUUUUUUUUUCUACCAGAAUUAAAUGUAUUGUGCUUUGGAACACCGAUAUCAUUCAUAUGAUUAUUUUCAUAGUCACAUUGUUUUAAUGCAAUCGGUUUGCCAAUGAAAAUGUUUCAUAUACUACACCGCUUGUUGGUGAAAUUACUUUUUAGUAACUAUGGCGUUUUCAUGAUAUUUCUAUACAUGCGUAUGUAUCAAUUCAUAGAUUAUAAGUAAAUUGAAAAUUGAACUUCAAUUUUUUUGCAAGAAAAAAGAGUACUUAAAACGAAUAUACUUCUCAACAAAAUUGAAAAGUCACUCCAAGAGGGUCCACCAACUAUCUCGGGGGGACCCUUCAAUUUUAACGAAGAAUAUAUUUUCUAUGAAUCAAAAUUGGAAUGAGACAUUUCGUAUCGAUGACUUGUCUGUGAUGCAAUAUGUAUGUUGGAAAACUACAAUGAAACCAAGUACAAUGAAAAGUCAAUUCCACUAUUGACUAUACAGAGAUCUCUGAAUUUCUUUUUAAGGCAGAACAAAGCGCAUUUGAAUGUAUUUGUGGCUUCAGUUACCCAAUCUACUUUCAGUUCCAUUCUAUCGGUAUUUUAUCAUAUUGAUAUAAAAUGGAUAUAAAUAUGUCUAUAAUUAUACUGUUAGCAACACCAGAAUGCGUCCGUUUUUAUCUGUGGUUUCUAGUAUGGAUCUUCCAGUGCUUUGAGCACAGGAUUGAUUAGGAUGCGGUUGAUUAAUGUCAUAUCAUAGCGAAUAUCAGCAACAUAUUAUGAUUUCUAGAUUUCUAGACGUCAACAUCUGUUAUGUUGUUCUAAUCUGUUUUAAUAUACAAUAUCUGCAAAAGUGAUUGCAUUUUAUCGGAGACCUAGUUGUUAGAAUCAAAGAAUGUUUAAUUUGAAGAAAAAACAAAAAUACGAAAAAAAUACAAGCAAAUCAAAGUACAAGUUUCAUCCCACGCUUAGGGUUGUUUUAAAAAAUCGCAGGGUUCAUGGAACAAAGAAAAAAUGUGUAAUAAUGUAUAACGUAUUUUUAUUCGAUAUAUCUGAUUGAAUUUUCACUUGACUUACGAAUCAUAACGAUAUCUUCUCCGUAGUGUACCAAAAUGUCAUCGAAUGUGUCGAUAAUAUCUUGCACCCAAUCGUGUUAAGACUAUUCAGCAUUAUUAAAGAAAGUCUCUAAAAAAUCAAUCAUUUUUCGUUAGUCUGUUGAAAUGAGUAACGUAACCAUUGUAUUGAAUUACAUUCUGCAAGUCUGAAUUUUUUGUUCGAUACAUCAUAAUUCCGCCAAUCUCCAAAAUGAGGGUGCUAAGUUGAGACCGGAGCACGUUCACGUUACUAGGUAUAGCUACGGUAUACAUAUAGAAAUACUCUGCAAUUGUUGAUGAGUAUUGCGAGAUGUAUUUGGAAUAUUUUUAUGAUAUUCCUAGCGUUUAGUACUCUGUGAUAUAUUUGUUCUUGCCUUUAAGCUACAGAAAAUUACAUACUGAUUUACAGCAACCAAAGAGUAUUACAGGAGAAAAUUGUAGAAUAAAAUAUAAGUUGGCACUGUGUUUAAUCAAUUGAAAGUAAUUAAUGUUUAUCAAUUUAUAAUAAAUUCUCCCCAAUUAUUGUUCCAAUUCCGUGCUUUUGAAAUAUUCUUUAUUUUUCCAACGGCUCGCAAUCAUUCGUCGUUACCGAUUCAUUCGUAAACAAACUGGUUUAGUGAUCUGGUAAUGUCUUACUGUCUUAUCGUCAUCGCACAGUAAUUGCAAAAUCAAUUAUCGGUUAUUAGAAUCUGCAGUUUAUUUGUGCCAAUUUUGUAUGAUAAGUAUAUUAGAAAUAAGAAACAUUUGUUAGUGACGUAGAAAAAUCGCUCAAAUCCAUUUACGAACGACACAAUGAAAGAUAACGUAUUUUUCAUAGCUUUGUUAUAAUUUAGCUUUUGAUACAUCCCCUCUCCAAACUCAACAGCUUAAAAACUUUCAUUCUAUGGCCCUAAACCAGUUUGUAAAAUCUUCUGAAUUAUUUUUUAAAAUAAUUAGCGUCUCAUUUAUGGUAGCCAUAAAUGCGUUUUUCAGUAACUUUAAGAUUAUAAUCAUUAUCAAGUAUAGAAUGGAAAGCACAAAUUCGAGCUUUGAUGCUGAUCUUGAUGAAUUUAUGCUUAAUAUUUCUAAUCACAUAGUUAGUCUGAAUUUAGUAGUUGCAUUGCUGAUCACUAUCUACAUUAGAUAUGCGACAACUCUUAGAAUGCAAAAACAAUAUUGAGACAAUUACGAUCAUCGAAAAACAAGUACCCUACUUUUUAUACCCGAAAGUUUUUGCAUACAUUUCUCAUGUAAAUAGUGAUGAUACCAAUUGUAGGAUAAGAGUUUCAGUUGCAAGGCUAAAAUCAGCAACAAAACGUGGAUGUGGCUGAAAAAAAAAAAAAGAAAAACCUUUAUAAGUACUUGUUUUAAUUGUAAUAAAUGUGAACAUUAAGCGAA